AUGUUGAAAAAUACAGUCAUAAGCACAGUUUGGAAGUUGGAGGUGCUAGUACCUGAGAAGUUCGACCCGCACUACUUGAACGUCGAUAGCCAUCCAUUCAUCACGAGGGCGAAAAGGCUGAAAAUCGAUUUGGGCCAAUGUUUGGAGAGUUUCCCGUACUCAAAGUUUAUCACUGAAUAUGAAACUCUUUUCAUCGGACCAUCAUUAGAAAUGAAAAAUGGUUCCUUAGUGAAGUACUUCAUGACCGCCAAAGUGCCCAUCACGAAAGACCAACGAAACGAUGUGUACCAUAUAAUGAGCGAGGAUGAAGAAAUUAAGAUGCAUUUUGAAAUCUUUGGUGAAUUUUUGGCCAAACAUUUGACCAGAGAGUGUACUUUCAUCCACACCAGGUCGAAAAAUAUUGACUACAAAAUUCCAGAAUUUCAAGUCGUCCUCGAAGGAAACACUCAUAUAGACGCCAUACAUGAGCUCAUCACACUUACAAACCUUUUCAUUUAA